AUGUCAGACAAGAUGAAUGCCAUCGUCAUUACAAAAUUUGGCGGACCUGAUGUCCUAGAGCAUCGAGUAGUCCCGAAGCCGACGGUUCGUACCGGGGAAGUACUCGUCGCUGUUAAAGCUUUUGGUCUGAAUCAUGCCGAAAUACAUAUGCGCAAGGGUGAAUGGGAUGAGUGGAACCCCGUCACUGGAUUGGAGUGUGUCGGAGUUGUGGAGGCUUGUCCAGGCGGGGAAUUCAAAGUUGGUGAGACCGUUGUUGGCGUGAUGGGUGGUUUAGGAAGAAACCGACCGGGAGGUUAUGGCCAAUUUGCGGCCGUGCCUGCGACCAACGUUAUCGCUGUGCAAACAAAGUUGCCAUGGGAUCAAUUGGCCGCAAUUCCGGAGAUAUAUAUCACUGUAUGGUCGUGCCUUUUUACCGUCCUCGAUCUGCAGCGGGGCGAAAGCAUUCUGAUUCGCGGUGCAACAUCAACUCUUGGCCAAGCCGCUGUGAACUUGGCAGUGAGUGCGGGCGCGAGAGUAACGGCAACCACCCGCCGCCAAGAGCGAUUCGUGUUACUCCAAAAAAUGGGCGCAGCAGAAACCAUCAUCGAGCAGGCUGAGCUUGACCGUAUUCAUGAUGCCGAGUUUGACAAGGUACUGAACCUCAUUGGGAAUCAUGCACUCUUGGAAUCAAUCAAUUUGACUAAAAGUGGAGGCCGCAUGCUUCAAGCGGGCUGGUUGGGAGGGUUGGAUCCCAUCAAAGACUUUAAUCCAAUGUUACAGAUGAAAUCUGGGGUACACUUCAGUCUUUUCCAUGGGAAGGUUCUAGGGGGCCGCGACUUUCCUUUCUCUAAAAUCCCAUUGCAGCGAAUCGUCCAGCAAAUCGAAAAUGGGGAGUGGGAUGCCCGGCCGACGCAUGUCUUUGAUUAUCAGGACAUCCGCCAAGCCCACGAAAUUCUGGACUCAGGGGAUGCGGGAGGGAAGAUCGUUGUCAAAAGAUCUUAA